UUUCUCACACUAUAAAUGAGCAAGAUAGAGCCUGAUAAGGCACAAAUGAGGAUUUCCGGUGCAAUGCCUGCCAUGUUCUCUUGGUGGACUACUGUUCUCUUUGUAGCGGUAGCAGUUGUAGUUUGUGGGGUUUGGUCAUUUUCGUAUCUCCUUCAUGCAUCGAAAGAUCAGAAGAAACGAUUGCCACCAGGCCCUACUGGGCUACCAAUCAUCGGAAAUCUACACAUGCUGGGCCAUCUCCCUCAUCGUACGCUCCAUAGUUUAGCUCAAAAAUAUGGGCCGAUCAUGUACAUGCGACUCGGCAUGGUUCCAACAGUGAUCGUAUCAUCCCCGCAGGCUGCCCAACAAAUCCUCAAGACCCACGAUGCCAUUUUUGCCAGCAGGCCGUACACUGAGGCCGGCAAGUAUCUAUCCUACAAUCGGAAAGGAGUCGCAUUCGCUGAGCACGGCCAGUAUUGGCGCGACAUUCGCAAAUUGUGCAUGCUGGAGUUGCUUAGCAAUGCGAAGAUCGACUCUUUCCGGUCAAUGAGGAGAGAGGAACUGGGCCGCCUCAUCCGAUCACUCAAGGAUACAUCUGAUGCCUGCGCCGUGGUUGAUCUCACUGAUAAGGUGGGGUCCCUUUCCGCAGGCAUGACAUGUCGGAUGGUGUUUGGAAAGAAGUCUAUGGAUGAGGAUUAUGAUGGAAGGGGCAUCAUAGCACGGAUCCAUGAAGGUAUGAUGCUGGCUGGGGCUUUUAACAUAGCUGAUUACAUCCCCUACACUGGACUACUCGAUGUUCAAGGGCUAACUCGCCGGAUGAAAGCAUUUACAAGGUUCUUUGAUGACCUCUUUGAGAGGGUCGUCGAUGAUCACAUACGGACCAGAGAGGUGGGCCAUCAGAGGGACUUCAUCGAUGUUAUGCUGGCACUCAUGGCAUCCAACCACAUGGAGAUUAAUAUUGACCGAACCAAUUGCAAAGCAAUCGUCAUGGAUAUGCUCACAGGUGCAGCGGACACAUCAUCAGCCGUGAUUGAGUGGGCUCUCUCUGAGCUUUUCAGGCAUCCACUUGUAAUGAAAAAGGCCCAAGAAGAGUUGGAGGCUGUGGUCGGCAUGGAUCGAAUAGUGGACGAGUCAGAUCUGGUGAAACUGGAGUAUUUAGAAAUGGUGGUUAAGGAAACCUUGAGGCUGCACCCGGUGGCCCCAUUGCUGGUUCCCCACGAGGCUGUGGAGGAUUGUGUCAUCGAUGGCUUCAACAUACCCAAAAAAUGCCGUGUCAUUAUAAAUGCGUGGGCCAUCGCCCGCAACCCAAUUGCGUGGUCCAAUGCUGAAGAAUUCUACCCUGAAAGGUUCGAUGGUUUAGACAUAGAUGUCCGUGGGCGCCAUUUCCAACUUAUCCCUUUUGGGUCUGGGCGGCGAGGUUGCCCUGGAAUUCAGCUGGGCCUUACUGUGUUCCGAUUGGUGCUGGCCCAAUUGGUGCAUUGCUUUGAUUGGGAGCUUCCAAAUGGUAUGGGUCCCACUGAUUUGGACAUGACUGAGAAGUUCAGCCUCGUUGUGCCUAGAGCUAACCAUCUACUGGCUAUUCCAAAGUAUCGCCUUAGGGAUGGCUGCUUGUAAAAAGGAUCAUAUCGAUGGUAUGGGAGUGGCCAUAGUAUCCAAGUAGUCGUAUCAGGCACUUAAGUAUUAUGUGUUGUAUCAAUGUUUAAACCCCCGACCCAACUGGGCUCUGGGCCGGUUUGGACGGUAUCAUCUAUAAGAUUAAAAAAAAAAAAAAAAAGAAAGAAAGAAAAAAGAGCUUUGCUAGGUGCACAUGCAUCCACAAUAUAUAAAACUCAUGUGCACGCCACACAUUUGACAGCAUGGCAUAGGUGCGAGAUCCCAUCCAUCCAUCAGGUUAGUCCGGUCUCGUACAUUAUUUCCCAAAAUUAAAUCUAGUCCAAUGAGCCUGUUAGGCCCUAAUAAUAAAAACAGGACGAUGGUUUAGAAAACUUCAA